ACCCAAAAAACAAUUUCAAGAAACAGCCAUGAGCUUCUCGGAAAACACCUCCGAUUCGGAAUGGAAGGAGGCCAGGGUGAAAGUGCAAAGAACCAUCAAGCAAACCUCCAAAAGGCGCAAGGAGCAGAGGUCCCCCACGUUCAGGACCCUGAAGCCCAAGUACAACCAGAAGUUCUGCGAGAAGUGGCUGAAGAUCUUCGAGCCGUGGCUGCGCCGGGCGGCCGAGGAUCCCAGCAAGCCUUUCUGUCGCGCCUGCCAGUGCACCAUGGACUGCAAUCGCUGCCACCUGGUGCGCCACGAGCGGACCACCAAGCACAAGCGCAACCUGGAGGCCCUGCUCACCAACGGCGAGGGGGCGGCACUCCAGGAGUUCCGGAUUCGUCAGCAGCGUAGCAAGUACUAUCAUCAGCGGAAGUCGGCCAUGCGACAGGAGGAAGAAACAGUGGAGGAGCCACGGGUGGAAAGCCCGGCCUUGAACCCGCCCCCUGAAGAUCACGUGCCCAUGGUCGUCAUUGCAGAUCCUAAGUCCCCCUCUUCGGCCAUCGAGCAAGUAACUUUUCCCAAGCAAGAGCUCCUAUCGGAGACAGAGGUUAACACAAAACCCUCACUCAGCCUGCCAAGUCGCAGUGAGUCCUCCUCUGUCGCCUCCAAUCAGGAGGGUCUCAAGCUGCUCAUGCAGAUCCACCAGGAUAAGAACGAGCUUAUGGACUCGUUCCGCGAGCUUAUGGGUAGCCAAAGAACACUCAAUCACACACCGCCGCCCAAGGAGAAGAACCAUGUCGAUCUAUUCUUCGAGAGCGUCAGCUCCAGCGUGAAGGCUUUGUCCCCAAAGUUGGUGGCCGAGGCCAAGAUGCGGGUAUCGCAGCUGAUCUGCGAACUGGAGCUGCGCGGCCUCAGGGAGAACAGUCCCAAGGAGGCGAUGAAUCCAAACCAGCAGCCUGGUUUUAGCGGGACCAGCUGAGCGACAAAGGUCUAUGCCUGAUUUUUUAUCUAUUUAAAUAAUAUAUUUAAAUAUCAAGGUGUAUUUUCUGUGAAAAACUUAGUCCUACUUCAAGCGAGACCUUUAGAUUAAGCUAGUCUGUUUAUUAAAU